AUGCCUCCAGAUACUCCAAGCCCGAGGAGUUUGGACUUGUCAACAUCCCCGUCCCAACGCUGCAUCAAGGUCAAGGCCUGCGGUGUGUGUGGCACAGAUCUCCAUAUCCACGAGGGAGAAUUCUUGGCAAAGUUCCCUCUGGUGCCUGGUCAUGAGACUGUUGGUGAAGUUGCCGCCCUGGGCCCCAAGGUCAAGGGUUUCACCAUUGGUGACCGUGUUGUUGCCGACAACUCUGAGCUCUGCGGAACAUGCUUCUACUGCCGACGCGGAGAGGAGUUGCUUUGCGAGAAUUUUGAAGCUCACGGCGUGACCAUGAACGGGGGUUUCGCUGAAUAUUGUGCAUACCCUGCUGGCAGGGUAUUCAAGAUCCAGAACCUUUCCGAUGCUGACGCCACACUGCUCGAGCCCGCAUCGUGCGCUGCCCACGGUCUUGAUAAGAUCUCCCCAAAGAUGGGCUCAACCGUCCUCAUGUUUGGCGCCGGCCCGACUGGCCUCGUUCUCGCUCAAAUGCUCAAGCUGAACGGUGGAUGCAAAGUUGUCAUUGCUGCCCCUGAGGGUCUGAAAAUGGAUUUGGCCAAAUCUCUCAACGCCGGAGACGAAUAUAUUUCUCUUUCACGGAAAGACCCCAGUGCGCAGUUUGCCAAGCUCAAGGCCGAUAACCCAUACGGGUUUGAUAUUGUCGUUGAGGCCACUGGUAGCGUGAAGAUUCUGGAAGACGCUAUCAACUACGUCCGUCGCGGUGGUAAGCUCGUGGUGUAUGGCGUCUACGCUGCGAAAGAUCGCGUCACAUGGCCACCCUCCAAGAUCUUCGGCGACGAAAUCACCAUCCUCGGGAGUUUCAGUGAAACUUACAAAUUCCCUGCUGCCAUUGAUUACCUUGAUUCUGGCAAGGUCAAGGUUAACGGCAUUGUCAACAAAGUCUUCAAGAUCGAGCAAUGGGCUGAGUGCUUGGAGUCGAUGAGAAACAAGUCUGCCAUUAAGGCUGCCAUUGUCUUCGAUUAA